AUGGUCAAAAAUAUAUUUAUAAUAAUAACAAUAGUUUUAAGUUCGCAAAUGCUUUGUUGUGGUCAAGUAUUGCUGUUUGGAUCGUGUGCUGACGUAGAAACUAUGAAAUACUUCGAAUUAGAAAGAUUUUUAGGAAAAUGGAACGUGAUCGAGAGAUUCCCAGUAUGGUACGAGGAAGCUGGGAACUGCGCGUACAAACUGAUCCAGCAAUGCGGCCGGAGAAUCGAAUUCCAACAUGCUUAUGUAAAAAAUGGCGUUAAGUACACACUACACGUGAACAGCUCCUAUGCACCCGGUGAUGAAGCUGUUUUUGCCAUAGAGGAGAAUAAUAUUGAUCCGGUCGGUAUCCCGCUGUCUAUAAUAACAACGGAUUAUUCAAACUAUGCGAUCGUCUAUGGAUGUAAAGUCAAUGAUAUAUUAAACCUCAAAUAUGUUGUAGCUUGGAUUCUAUCAAGAAGUACAACACUUGGCCCUGAACUAACAGAAAAAGCGCGUCAAGAACUGAAUGCCUUACCAUUCGGUAGCGUUGCGUAUUUGGAGAAGGUCGACCAAAAUAAUUGUAACUACCACUGGUCUGCGCAUGUUCACGCUGUUUAUAGCAAUGACACUAAUAAUGAGAAAUGA